CUCCCCACGGCCCCUGCCCUGCCACCCGCGCGGUCCCUUUAAGAGCUCGGCCCCGCCCCUCCCGCGGUCGCUGCCGGGGCCGCGGCGGCCGCUGCUGACAACAAGAUGGCGGCUGCGGGGCCGGUGGGCCCCGAGAGCCGGGUGCUGGGUUACACUUUGCAUCGCUGGAGCAGCUUCUCCUCUACCUAUCUGCCCGAGAACAUACUGGUGGACAAGCCCAAUGAUCAGUCCUCAAGGUGGUCUUCUGAAAGCAAUUAUCCUCCCCAGUAUUUGAUUCUGAAACUUGAAAGACCUGCCAUAGUUCAGAGUAUCACGUUUGGCAAAUAUGAAAAAACACAUGUCUGCAAUUUAAAGAAGUUUAAAGUCUUCGGUGGGAUGAAUGAGGAAAACAUGACAGAUCUCUUAUCCAGUGGCUUAAAGAAUGAUUAUAACAAAGAAACAUUCACCUUGAAGCAUAAAAUUGAUGAGCAGAUGUUCCCCUGUCGAUUCAUUAAGAUAGUUCCACUGUUAUCCUGGGGACCUAGCUUCAAUUUUAGUAUCUGGUAUGUUGAACUUAAUGGCAUUGAUGAUCCAGAUGUGGUCCAACCGUGCCUCAACUGGUACAGCAAGUACCGUGAACAGGAAGCCAUUCGCCUUUGCCUAAAGCAUUUUCGUCAGCACAACUACACUGAAGCUUUUGAGUCGCUGCAGAAGAAAACCAGGAUUGCUCUGGAGCAUCCUAUGUUGACAGACCUGCAUGACAAACUAGUGUUGAAGGGAGACUUCGAUUCUUGUGAAGAACUGAUAGAAAAAGCUGUGAAUGAUGGCUUAUUCAAUCAGUAUAUCAGUCAACAAGAAUACAAACCUCGCUGGGGACAGAUUAUCCCCAAAAGCUCCAAAGGUGAUGGGGAAGACAGCCGACCAGGGAUGAGAGGAGGCCAUCAGAUGGUUAUAGAUGUUCAAACAGAAACUGUUUACUUGUUUGGUGGCUGGGAUGGAACUCAAGACCUGGCUGACUUCUGGGCAUACAGUGUGAAGGAGAACCAGUGGACUUGUAUAUCCAGAGAUACUGAGAAAGAGAAUGGUCCCAGUGCCAGAUCUUGUCACAAGAUGUGCAUUGAUAUUCAACGAAGACAGAUCUACACGCUGGGUCGCUACCUGGAUUCCUCUGUGAGGAACAGCAAAUCUCUGAAAAGUGACUUCUAUCGCUACGACAUUGAUACAAAUACAUGGAUGCUACUGAGUGAAGACACUGCAGCUGAUGGGGGUCCAAAGUUGGUGUUCGAUCAUCAGAUGUGCAUGGAUUCUGAAAAACACAUGAUAUAUACCUUUGGAGGCAGAAUUUUGACCUGUAAUGGCAGUGUGGACGACAGCAGAGCCAGCGAACCACAGUUCAGCGGAUUGUUUGCUUUUGACUGCCAAUGUCAGACAUGGAAACUUCUGAGAGAGGAUUCAUGUAAUGCUGGACCUGAGGAUAUCCAGUCCCGCAUAGGACACUGUAUGUUGUUCCAUUCUAAAAAUCGCUGCUUAUACGUGUUUGGUGGCCAGAGAUCAAAAACUUACUUGAAUGAUUUCUUCAGCUACGAUGUAGACAGCGACCAUGUGGAUAUCAUAUCAGAUGGUACUAAGAAAGAUUCAGGGAUGGUUCCAAUGACAGGAUUCACUCAAAGGGCUACCAUUGAUCCAGAACUGAAUGAAAUCCAUGUCUUGUCCGGGCUCAGUAAAGAUAAGGAGAAGCGGGAAGAGAAUGUAAGGAAUUCUUUCUGGAUUUAUGACAUCGUGAGGAACAGCUGGUCUUGUGUCUAUAAAAAUGACCAAGCAGCCAAAGAAAAUCCAGGUAAAAGUCUUCAGGAAGAAGAGCCCUGCCCAAGAUUUGCCCAUCAACUGGUUUAUGAUGAGUUGCACAAGGUUCAUUAUUUAUUUGGAGGAAAUCCUGGCAAGUCCUGCUCUCCAAAGAUGAGAUUAGAUGAUUUCUGGUCUCUGAAGCUCUGUCGACCUUCAAAGGAAUACCUGCUAAGACACUGCAAAUACCUCAUAAGGAAGCACAGGUUUGAAGAGAAAGCUCAGACUGAUCCUCUUAGCGCACUGAAGUAUCUACAGAAUGACUUGUAUGUAACUGUGGAUCACUCAGACCCUGAGGAGACAAAAGAGUUUCAGCUUCUUGCCUCAGCAUUAUUUAAGUCUGGCUCGGAUUUCACCACUCUUGGAUUUUCAGAUGUUGAUCACACUUAUGCGCAGAGAACUCAGCUGUUUGACACAUUAGUCAACUUCUUUCCGGACAACAUGACCCCUCCUAAAGGCAACCUGGUAGACCUCAUCACGCUGUAACAGAGCGAUCACUGGACACGUGGAAGAGGGGAAAAGCAUCCAUUUUCAGUAUUUUAAUUUUUUUUUACUGCAUCGAUUGACUGCUGGGAUGAAGUAAUAUAGUAACCCCUAGGUGUUUGAAAGGGGUUUUAUACUUGUAUGGUGAAUCCCUGAAGCUUUUCCCUUGGAGUAGGUUAAUAAAAAUGUAACUGACAUACUUCUGACUAAAUAUAUAUAUAUUUUUUCUGACAUUGAAUUUUGAGUUAGCAAAUGUAAGGAGAAAAGAGAGGGGAGGAGAAGAAAAUAAAACCCCAUCGUGCAGUGAUCGCUUUUCCCUCUAGAGGAAAAUUGAAAUUUGUGGGCUGUCUGGAAUUAAAGAUGAUAGGUUUUAUUUUGGAUUUCAUGGGAAAAGGGGUGGUGGUUCUUUGCUCAUUUGUUGCUAGUCAUGAUGUAUUGCUUUGUCCUACAAGUCCAUCCUCAGCAGCUGAAUAACUUGGCAGCAAGGCACUGGCGUGUGUUGAGGUAAUAGUAAUAUAUGUGUCUUGAGUCUUGUAAUCGCAGGGUGUCAUGUGAAGGGAGCAUGUGUUACAAAUUGUCUGUCUUCUCUUUUGAGAACCUGACUGGCAGCAGUGUCUGAUUGCAUUUGAUAUCUAGUCUAAACCUAAAUGCCUAACUUCCGUUCUCUGGAGUCUUCCACUUAGACCUGACAGUCAUGGGGGAGCCUCAGAGAAACUGUCAGAAAACGGGAGUGCAGGGGUUGUCUGCAUGGGCUCCUUUUCAGGGAUUGCUCUGUUUCCAGUGCCAUGCUCUCCUGAUGGAAAAACUCUGCAGGUCCUCACAGCGCUCUGCAGGACUGGGUCUUCCACUCACACACCCAACCUCUGCAACCUGACUCCAGGUUGGGUGUAGGAUUUCCGAAGCAGAUUGUCUUCGUUUACAUACACCUAUGCUUCUGUGUGCAUUUGUCAGUGUGUAAAUGUAAAGAGGUUUGCUCCAAACAGCUUGUCUUCUGUUUGUGUAGUGCAGUUUCUUUACUUUUAAAUGCAUUUUAGACCUUACUCUGAAUGUGAAGGAGGCCUUUUUAGCAUAAACUCCUUUAAAAAGCAAGCUGAUGCAUAUGUAUAGAAAAUAUAUUCUUCUUUGCUGAAAGUCUUCUUUUAAAUAAGGUAAGGGCUUGGUGCUGCACUAUGAAGUGGAAUGAAGGAUACUCAUACUGAGCAUUAGCAGCUUUUUUGCGUUCAGUGUCAGUAAGCAUUCAAUACAAAACUGGCUGUUGUAAAUCGUAUAUGAACUGCAAAGCUUUAUGUCCAGAAAUGUUCGUGCCAGCAGGGUACCAUUGCUGCACUCACUGCGGCUACACAGCUCCUGUUGAACUUGAUGGAAGUCCUGUGUGUGUGUGCAAAGAUGAUUUGAGCUCUUGAAAUAAAGAGUUAGUGAAGUGUCUUUUCCAGAGCUUGAGUGUCUGCUUGCUUUGAUUGCAUUGUAUUGCAUCUUUAAUCAUGUUCUUGAGCAACUUCCGUAGUUCUGGUAUGUUAGAAAUAAAUUUUAAACCUCCAUGCUGGUGAUUAAUCACCCAGAAAGGAACAGUGUGUUAGAGGUUGGGCUUUGCUGUGUCUUCAGGGAGGAGUAUAUAGAUGCAGUGUUUUAAGUAACCUGUAACUUGAGACUGUUUAGAAAUUGUAUACUUCAGUGGUCAGCAAAUCAGAUGUCUGUGGAAGAAUACGCAGUGCAGUAAAUGAAAUUUGAUGAAAUUGUUUCUUUGAAACAUGGUAUUUUUUUUUCCAGUGACAUGGAAAGUUUUUAGGUGACUGCUAGGUUUUAUGCUACGUUUGCAAUCGCUUUGUUAACUACUUGAAGUAGAGCCUAUGCCAUAGGAACAGAGAUACUGGAGGUGCUAAUCUGGGUGAGUUUUGCUAACUGAGGCACUGUUUCCAUUGAGAUUGAACUGGACACAUCUCACACAACCAGCUAAAAUACUGCAACCCUGCAGUACUUUUCAGUCUCUGCGUAAUCAUGAACCCAAAACUAGAUUGAGGAGCCGUGGUGAGUAGAUGGUGGAAGUUCAGAAAUGCUAAAGGCUGUGUGAACAGCGUUGCUGCUGAGCUGGUUUGUAUUACAGAAAUUCAGUCAAAACUCACUGUUCUCAGAGGUAUGUGCAAAUCCUGGCAGCCUAGCCCUCUUUCUGUAGCACAGAAUAAAUGAAUUCCUUGUCUGAAUUAGGCAAGCAUUGUUUCUAUAGGAUGGACAAUCCCAGCUAAUGAGAGCACUUCAGGAUGAUCAAAUAUUGGUCUACCUUUAUCCUGAGCCGAUCGAUUUCAGCUCAUACCAGCACAGUUUGUGGAUUCCAGCUGGUGAUUAACCAGCAGAAACUAUUUGCUCAGCUUCUGGGUAUUUGUUGAGCAGCAGAGGCACCCUGUGGCCACAGAUGUUAAUCUACAGUGAGGGCUUCUUAUGGCUUUGCCUAGGGUAUUUCCUGGUUCUGUGUGCUUCUACUAAAUGAUUUCUUAGCAUUGGUAUAUACUGCACUACCUUAUUAAAAAAAAAUAAAAAAUUAGAAUUUUGGAAUGGGGAAGUAUUUAAAAAAAAAAAAAAGACAGUUAAGGAGCAGGGAGAGUUUGAACAUAAUUACAUGAAGAUCUUCAAAGAUACCGAUUGUGUUCCAGGAAAUGAUAGGUGUGAUCAUUACAGAGAUGCUGCAGUACAACAAGAAAAGAGACGCCUGAAAACUUUUUGCAGCACAGUGCAUGCAACAUCUCAAGUGUACAUGAGCUAUGGGAGAGUUUUUAAGCCUCCCCUGUACUGCAUGCAGGCUGUAGCAGAGGCCAGUCACUUCUAGCAUAAAGACACGCAUGCUGUAUUUGCCUUUAUCAUAGUGUGACUUUCUGCAAUUUUUAUACAGUCUUUACAGUAAUUUAUUUCUAAACUGUGUUAAGCUGUAACGUUAUUUUGAGGAUCACCAAAUUGUUCUUUAUGUGAAGUUACUGCUAUGAAGCAAUAUGAUUUCCUUGAGAAAUAAAACCCUUCAGGUUUGAUUUGCCCACUUAGAUUAGGCAAAAUUGAGUUUGUUCAUGCUUGCAUUAUAUAGCCCCUCAUGGUGAUCACAAGGCAGAAGUCCUUCAGAUUUCUUCAACGUGACAAGAGAGCGCUGAUAUCAUAACAUGACUCAAUCACGUUUUCAUGUGUCAAGGGGCAGAAGGACUUGCUUAGGUGGUGGUGUUACCAAUGAGGAGAGGACAGCCACCUCCUUGCCCUUCUAUUAAUUAGCAUUGCUCCUGGGGUGAUCUGAAAGCUGUUGCAAAGUGGUCGUUGAAAUGAGCUGUGGUUUUUCUCUUCUGGCUCUUUCAAGGAUGAUGAUUGUAAUGUGUAAGCAUUCCUUCCUUUUGCUGAGUAUAAUGAGGAAGGACAACUUUUGUGUCACAGAAGUUCUGUUUGCUCUUUCUCCUGGCACCAUCCCAUAGGUGUGGUUCACAUAGUGAUACUCAAUCAUGUGCAUAAAUGGGUUUUGGUUUUGCUUGCCCUGAAUUGCUUUGGACACACACAGACUUGUUCUAGCUCAAGGGUCAAGAGGACUGAUUUUUCAAAAUAAGGGCAUGACAUUGCUAAUUGAUAUGUGAUGUCCUGGUUGGAAGGAUUUUUCUCUCAGAAGUAUUUGCCUUGUGCAAUUGCAACUAGGCUGGAAUUAGGGAGCUUUUCUGAAGAACACACUGCAGCUUAUCUCUAAGAAGUCUGUACUAAAAUAAGGAUGGAUAGGCUUAAUUUAAAUUGCUAAACUUUUUUGGUCAUGAAUUACACUAACAGAAUCACAGAAUGGCCCUAGUUGGAAGGGACCUAGCCUGAAAAUUAAAUGAUGGAGAAGUGUCAGUAAAUGACUCACACCCACCUAUUUGCAGGAAUGCAGAUUCCUUUCAGAGGUAUGGGGCUAGUGGCAAGAGGUCACAACAGUUUCAUCUGUGUUCUUUCAUGAGCAGCCACAAGUGUCAGGGUCUCCAUUAGCUAUUUCUUCUUCCAGAACAGACCCCUUCCAGGCAUAGUGAUUACCCUGGAAGAGUGUUUUCUGUGGGGUUUUGUGGAACAGCUGUUUUCUGAAUCGUUUUCCUGAUGUGUGCAAAUUUUUAGAAGGGAGUUUCCGUUGUCACAGUGCUGUAGACCAAUCUUGUCCUGCUGUGAAAACUUGCACUUGUGAAUGCUGCAGGCUGUGAGCAAUAAAUUCAGAGCAGUACUCUGAAAAACUCGAAUCAUCUUUUUUUUUUUUUUUUUUUUUCUUAAGUUUGCUUUUACUGUAAUAAAAGACACAACUGCACUUGUUUCAGAUGCAGAAAGGUGGCAGGUAGCUGUAAAACUACAACUGUUCAUCUCUUGGUGCCUUCUGUUUUUCAGGAUUGAGAAGGACUUACCAUAGAGCUAUUGGACUUCAGUGCUCCUUCAUCUCCGUACGUGUAGUGAUUCUGUUGAUGUAAUGCUGUGCUGCUUUUGAGGAAAAUGACAAAAAGUGUUACAUAUGCUUCUAUCCAGAACCUUUAUAUUUAGAAGUGGAAAAAUGUCUUGUGAAGCAUUGAUCCCUGCUGUGUGCUCUUUGAAUUUUAGCUUAUUAGUUAUGGCUGGCUCCGAGUUAAAGAAUCUUUGGCUGUUGUCAAGAGAAGCCCUGACAGCAAAACUAAUUCAUGUGCUUCUCUGGAAGUUCUUGAGCUGCUUUACAGCUGUAGUUGUCCCAGAAACAGAGGUAGACCCACUUUAAAACAAAUAAUUACCACUGUUCUGAUCAGGAGAAAGAACAUAAGAAACAGAACAGAACAUUAACAAAUGAGCUUGGCCAUGCUGCUUCUGUGUGGAAAUUUUGAGAUGUCUUUUUUUGUGAAAGGGGGAUUUAAGAGUAGCUACAUGACUUGUUCUUGAUACAGAUUAAUAGUAGUGCUUGAGCUGUAAAUGUUGUUGAAAUGCAAAUGUACUGUUAGUGUAUCUAAAUGCCUUUGGGUAUGGUAGAUAUGAUCAGGAUACCCCAUCAUGGGAAAGGCUAUACUAGAAGUAUUCAAGUUGUGGCAGCAAUUUCAAGGCAAAAUCACUGUUUUACUUAAAGGUUCCAUUAUAAUGAGAACUUCAGUGGAAGAAUUAAGUUUAUUGUGCUGAAACCAUUAUAAUAGUACAUGGCUCAGUGCUUGGCUAAAUUGAUUCCACAUGUUUUAUUUGUAGGUAAUGCAUCUAAACCCAGCUUUAGCAUGACUGUGCCAGCCAGCUAGUUACCUGCUUGUUGCCAUUUGAAAGUGAGAAUGAGAAAUCAUGAUGGUUAAUGUCAGCAGGUAUGCUUUUGGCAUUCUGGCAGAGGUCAAAGAACUCGAUGGAUUUCUGGGUUAUCCAUAAAUGCCUUGGUUUUAUAUGUAAACCUCUGCAGACAGUAGUGGUUGUGUGUUUGUAUAUGAUGCCAGCUGUAUGUCUUGAGUCUAGAGGUCUGCAAGGCAGCAUCUGCUGCAAGCAUGGAUCCUGAAGGUAACAUUGCUGCUGUCUCCUUUGCUUUCAUGUGUUUGAACUCCAUUUGUCAAUAUGGUGAACUCCAAGUUCUUGCUGUGACCCAAAUUGUGCCCUGCUUCUGAACAUUUAUAGCCACAGACUUGCAACAUCUGUCAGUAUAUCACAUUAGUACCUUGAAAUCUGAAUUUAUACUUGGUAGAGACAAAGGUGUAUGUUUGUCUCAGCCUCCAGCUGUUUGCUGUAAGGCAGCUCAGCCUUUACUGAUGACCUGGAAAGUGUAAGUAUUUGUGUGCUGUCAGAAAUCGGUGUGUACAGCUCUAGUGUAGCAUUGCAGUUUGUGUCUGAAAAAAUUGUGGUGAUUGAAGAGCUCUACCAGGUUAGGUUUUGGUUUUGCUACUACUCUGGAAGAAAAAUAUCUGAAUCACAAUGUUUUCUCCUAGAACUGCUGUGAUAAAUGCUUUCCUCCUGUCUGAGCCUUGUUUAUUUUGCAUAGCAGCUGGAGUGUGAUAGCUGUUUGACAUGAGGAGAAGAUGGUAGUAGCAAGUUCAUCUCAAUAAUUCUUCUAGGUUUCUAGCACUCGCUUCUGUAAUCCCAAAUCCCUAACCAGUGUAGACAGACAGCAAGUAGUUGGUGUCUGAUUUAUUUCCGUAGUGUAGGACAAAGAGACAUGAGAAGUGGACUUGGGAUGAUGCCGUGAUGAUCAUGUGAUGUGCAUUUCAUGGAAAGCCUUGACUCUUAAGUAGCUCAAAAUUAGAGCAGAUUUUCUUUACUCAGUCUGGAUUCUCAGGUUCUUUUUCAAGUAGGGGUGAUGCAAGACCAGGUUCUUCUAGUCCUGGAGCUUCAUCUUGGGCCUUGGCCCUCGGCCCUCUCUGUCUGUCACAGUCAUCAUAAAGAUGAACACACAGGACAUACCUUAAGGAAGAUUUCCAGCCCCCUUUUUCAGUCUUGCCAACAAUUGCAGAGAGGCCAAUGAGGCUUGAACUAAAACGUACUGAAAGUUUUGCAGCACAAUCAGGUCUCACAGACUUAAAGAUUGUUAGAACCUAAAAAUGCCCUGAGCUUUCUAACAAAAGCUGCUGGUGGAAUUGAGGGAAUGUUAGCUUACUUUUUAGUUAAUAUGAUGGUGAGAAGACUAGACUAAAAUGGUGACCCCAGUGGUUGCAGUCUUCUCAGCUUCCCAAAAGACCAGUGGACGUGUUUUUCAUCCCAGCGAUGAGAAAAUACUCUGAAUAUCCUGACUUGGUAACUAGCUGCCUAAAGGACUGAAUCAUUUACAUCAUGUUUCACUAAAUAGAAAAGUACUGCAACGCGUCAAUAGAGUCUCUUCAUUGAAGAAAACUGAAUUUUUUUUUUUUUUUUUUUUUUUUUUUUUUU